GAAUCAUCGAAGCGCGCAAUCGCUGUGUGACGAUGCAGAGCAACGCACGUCAUCAUCGCGUCUUGCCAAAAAGAGGAACGAGAACGUAUACAUACGAGGGGGAUAAGGUCUGUCUGCUGCCACGGUGCGGAGAUGAGCGUAAUCGUGAUCGAGCGCGGUGAUGGCGAUGCCGGCGGUUGCUAACUAAAAAUUGCAGGUGAAGUGAAAAUUUGCAAGCGGCGUGGAAAGGAGGAGAGCGGCUCAUUGUCAGUCGUCGCAUUUAGUCGUAUUCGCGUAUACGGCGUGUAACGUGUAAGAAGCAAGGCAGCGCGUGCGAGGAGCGAUAUAUAAGCGGAACUAUCGGCGACAGUCGGUGGCGAGAAGGCGGCGCGACGACGGCGACGGUGGCGGUGCACGACGAGCAUCGCGCGGCGUCGACGACCUGCCAGGGAACACGACGACACCUGCUCAUCUCGGCGAACGGGAGGCGGUACGGUGGAUACGCGCGUACCUACGUACGUACAUAUGCACGAAUGCGAAUGGACGUACAUACGUACAGCGACGGCCAUACUCAAACAACGGCCGAACGGAGUGCGCGGCGCGAGAGAUGAAGUGAUAAUAGAGUCGAAUCCGCGAGAGUAAAGAGAUCUCUCGCGCGAUUGUCGCGCGCGAAGCUACGUGAGACGGAGAAGAGACGAGGGAGACAAGCUGAAAGCUUGGUCGAAUCGAGUGGGCGCGAGUAUACCGCGAUAUAUCGGUGCGCGAGAGCAGCAGCAGCAGCAGCAGUAGCAGCAACGAGAAGAACACGAAGGAGCGGCCGGAACGAGCGGAAGUGCGGGCCGUGCGUGCCUGCGUGCGAAAAGGCAUAGGGAAAGGGGGUUGCAGCGAGAGAGCGGGAGGCCUGAACGGGGAUCCAGUUACUCCGGCGAGAUGAGCGCCAAGACGGACGUGAACAGGCGAGUCUUGGCGAUCCAGGCGAAGAAGAAGCGGCACAAGCCCAGCAAGCGCAAGGGCAAGGCCAAUUCCCAGGGUGAUCAGGACGCGCAGAGCUCCAAGGGACCGCGUAGCGGCCAAGAAGCGGCUGCCGCUACCGUCUUCGAGUAUUCCGAUAGCAGCCGCAUGAUGCGCGUCCUCACCGGCGACAACGGGACCAGACCGGAACCGUGUCAUAGUUCUAGCAAUGAAACAAUAGAAGACGAUGACGAAGUGUUCAGUAGCGAAGACGAGGAGCAAGAGGACAGCAGUGACUAUUGUAAAGGCGGUUACCAUCCUGUGAAGAUAGGAGAUCUCUUUCUAAAUCGAUAUCACGUCACUCGUAAGCUCGGAUGGGGUCACUUCUCCACCGUAUGGCUCUGCUGGGAUUUACAGGAUAAGCGUUUUGUGGCGCUUAAAAUUGUGAAAUCCGCAUCCCAUUUUACUGAGACUGCAUUGGAUGAAAUUAAAUUAUUAAAAGAUGUGCGCGAUACAGAUCCCGUCGAUCCUAAGCGCAAUAAGACCGUCCAGUUGCUCAAUGACUUCAAGAUCAGCGGCAUAAAUGGUCUGCAUGUUUGCAUGGUAUUUGAAGUGCUUGGACAUAAUCUUCUUAAAUUGAUUAUCAAGUCAAACUAUAGAGGAAUUCCAAGAAAUAACGUUAAACGCAUCAUCAGACAAGUUCUCGAAGGUCUCGACUAUCUUCAUAAUAAAUGUAAGAUUAUUCAUACAGACAUUAAACCCGAAAAUGUUCUUGUAUGUGUCGAUGAGAUCUAUAUACGAAAAUUAGCUUGCGAAGCGACAGAACUGCAUUCUAUGGGAGCAAAGUUGCCAGUGUCUCUAAUUUCCACCGCGCCGAAGGAAUUUCAAGAACCUAUACCAAAUUCUAAAAUGUCCAAGAACAAGAAGAAAAAAUUAAAGAAGAAAGCCAAGCGCCAGAACGAGCUUUUGAAGAAACAGAUGGAGCAAAUCGAGGAAUUAGAGGAGCAAAGUAAACUCGCGAAUAGCAUAAGAGAGAACGGGGAGGUUGAGACGAAUAGCCUAGAUCAGGAUCUUAAUACAGAAAGCAUAGAAGAUAAUACGGAGAGCAAAGGUUCACCCGAUAUUUCGGAACCGUCCGCGCCUUCCUUACACAUGAAUGGAGUAGAUGGUUUAGCGGGCGGCGAGAAGAUACAGAAUCCAUCGCCCGAACAAUCCGAGAAGAUGGACAACAUGACUCUAUGCGACGUAGAAAAAAGUUGCGGCGAAGGUGUAUUACCACCCGACGCUGAGGACACUGACGAAUGUAGCGAAGGUAGGUGUCACGUCGAGCGAAGACGCAUCUAUCUUUGUUUCUUACUGCACAAUUUUGUUUGUUAUCCAUCAUCUUACUUUGUAGGUCGUAGAUCAUUUAAUCCACCGGAAAGUAAGCAAUUGAAACGGGCAUUCGUGUCGCCCUUGGAUCCCGCCAUAAUGGAGUGCGAGGUCGAUGUGAAGAUAGCGGAUCUCGGAAAUGCAUGCUGGGUUCAUAAGAAAUUCACAGAUGACAUUCAAACUCGUCAGUACAGGUCGCUCGAGGUUCUAUUAGGUUCCGGAUACGAUACCUCUGCUGAUAUAUGGUCUACCGCUUGCAUGGCGUUCGAAUUGGCGACUGGUGAUUAUCUUUUUGAACCGCACAGUGGUAAAGAUUACUGCAGAGAUGAAGAUCAUUUGGCCCAUAUAAUCGAGUUGUUAGGAGAAAUACCGAGACGUAUCGCUCUUUCGGGAAAGAACUCAAAGAUAUACUUUAACAAAAAGGGUGAAUUGAAGCAUAUUACCGGGUUGAAACCGUGGGGCCUGUACGAAGUGUUGACGGAGAAAUAUGAUUGGACGCCAAGCGAAGCGCGUGAGUUCGCAGAGUUCCUAACACCGAUGCUCGAAUUUAAUCCGAGCAUGCGAGCUACUGCAGCCGAGUGCCUGAAGCAUCCAUGGCUGCAAAUCAAAAAGUGAUCGCGUUUUUUAUUAUUUUAUCUGUAAUAUCCUCCCCCUUCCUCCCCUCCCCAAUUCUCACCCCAGUCUUACCGCCCAGUUAUCGCGAUUGUAAAUCGAGAGUGUGAUAGGAAGCCGAAAAUACCUGCAAAUGUUGGGUGCGCUACUUCGCGUACUGAAAAUUGUAAUUCCGCGAGCUAAUUUGCAUACGAAGAGCAAGUGCAUCGUUUCAAGAGCACACAUACACAAACACAUACAUACACACAUUAGAAAACUGUUUGAUAUAUGAAUUAUGGGAACGAAUUGUAUCAUAUGUUGUUAUAUUAAUCAUACGAGUGUGUCUCCGCGUGAGGAAUGCUACGAAACCGAAAAUGUUUCAAGAAGAUUGUUAUAUAUCCUUUACAAAAUGGUGAUUUGACAAUAUCGCGAAAGUCGCCUCAAAGAAACUUUUCGAACGUAACGAGCGAAGUGUCGCAAAAUCCGGAAAUCGUUCAAGAAGAUCUUGCAACAUUCCGCUGAUUUCCAUAUAUAAACGGCCGCGCACGUGCUUCCUAAUAUAACACUCUCAACAUCGGCUGAUUAUGUGUAAUUGCACACUUGUUAAAUCGUGUUUUUAAUUAGUGAUGAGAAAACUUAAAUUAAAAAAAAUUUUAUAGUAAUAUAUAUAUAUAUAUAUAUAUAUUAUUUCUCGUAUUCUCGUAUCGCAUUCUUCAUAUUCGUCAUUUAAUUUAUCUAUUGAAUAUUCCAAGAGUCGUGGGAUCUACUCAUAAUGCACUGUGAAAGGGACUAUUGGCGGACUCGGUAACGUGUUUGGUUUAAAAUUAGGACUCAUUACCUUGACUCAGUUAUCUGUAUAUACUUUUAUAUAUUGCACACAUCGGUCGUUGUAAAUUCUUGCCAACAAACUUGUCGAGAAAUCGCAACAGGACAGAAACAGCUAUUUAAUUAAUAUUUUACGUCUACCUCAAUAUACGUGAAUCGGAUAGAAAUACUCGUAAACAUAGAUGCGCAUGCACCAAGGGACUGUAUGCACGUAUAAAUUGAAAUAGAUUGAUUUGUAUAUUGUAGAUAAUUAAGAGUUGGUCGCUAGAUUCUUGGGAUAUUAUAAUUAACUUGGGCGCUAACUGGAAUAAGACAAUAUGUAUGCACUCAAUUCGAUGACACGUUUUCAAAUCGUUUAAUUUGUGAAAUUCGUAUUUAAAAUUCAAUAUAUAUUGAAGAAUAUUACUUUUAUUUAUCGACAUUGUGUGAAAAUAAAAAACUAAAUUUUAUUAGCAAUAAGCAUCGAUACAGAGAGAGCUGUGUAUCAUAUAUACAUAUAUAUGCUUUUGCAAUUACAUAGAUAAGAAAUAAUGUGAAAAACAUACUUACUGUAAGCACAGCUUACAUAUAUGUGGCAAUAAAAUUAACGUCAUUAUAUAUAUAUAUAUAUAGUAUGCUAUUUACACAUGAAAAAAAAAUGCAAUUUGUCUUGUUCCAUCGUGCCCUGUAAUAACGGUACAUAUUUCUAAUAAACAUUUCUGUUAUAAACUUGUUUAUGUCGCUCCAAUGCGAACACCAUAUACAUAAUGUACAACUACGAAAAGAGAGUAUCUAUAUCGCGGAUAAGGUUUCGGUGAACACAUAAUGAACCAUCGGAAGUAAGUAAUGUUGAUUUUCGUGCGAACCCCCUUAUAUCGUGAACACUGACUGACUACUGAAGCUCUCUGCCGAUAAUAAUUGUCUUCUAUUUUAUAAACGAGAAAGCGAAGCAGUACGUUCCACUGGAUCCUCUGGACAUGGCGCAUACUUUCUUAUGUCAACGAAUUUAAUUCAUGCUUCCCGCAGAAUGUUCUGUUUCGCUUCGUCUGCCAGUCUAAGAUCAUUUCAUAGAAAAAAAACAAUCUCUCGAACUUUAUGUAUGGAGAUGCGUGCGUAUGUGGAAAUCGUCACGAUGUAUAAAUAUUUUGUCACUCUCACUGCAGUUAUAUACCUUUUCCCGGGUAAAAGAGGAAAAUACUCCCGUGAAAAUACAUUAUAAUCUAUUUUUUAACAUUAUGCAUUUUUUAUUUAUUUUUAUUAUUUUUUAUUAGCACACAAUGUCUCUUUAUUACGCGGAUAUACGAAAUCAUGUAAAAAAAGGGGCGCAGCGCUUUUAAUUUUAAUUUAUUAAAAAUUAACGUAUAUUCUUAUAAAAUAUGUUUACUGAUUUCUAUUACAUUCUUGGAUUCGGCCGCUUGGGAAUUACUUAAUUUAACAAGAUCGUAUUUUGCGAUUUUGAGAAAAAUUAAAAAAUAGGCACCUAUGAUAUCUUAAAAUUUACAAUAUACAUCUACGGGUGUACGAUAUACGCGAAAGACUUUAUCAGAAAGUGCCUCUUCUACCCGCGUUAUAAUUAAUAUCGAAUAUAGAACGAUGCGUUUAUAUUGCAGUUUUAUUCCGGCAAUGCAAAUUUGAUGCAUUUUAGUUUGUAACAUAUUUAUUAUCCCCUCCGCAAUUUUCGUGCAAUUGCAUGACUCGUCAAUCUCAUGUGAUCUUCGAUGACGGUAAUCGUGACGAAUCUGUACAUAGUUAAAAUUUUAGCGGAUAAUAUUCAAAAUAUACGGUCAGUGUGAAAUUUGUUGUUCUAAGGACAAGGAAGAAGGCAGCGAUCACGACGACUUAAUAAUUAUUUCUUUUUUGUUAAUAUUGCUCGUUAAUAGAGAAACGCUUUUAAUCAAAUUAAUAUUGAGCUCUUCCGCGAUUCCACUAUAUUCUCUUCGGCUCCCUUAAUGUCAUUCAUAAAAUUUUGCGGUAGUCCUCUAAAAAAGCUAUAGAGACCUAUCAAAAUUCAAAGAUUCGUUCGUGUCGUUGAGGAUAAUCUGAAACUCAUAUAAUUUUAACGAACUCAAAUAGCAUUGAAUUUUUUUAGUAAAAUUGAUAUAUAUAUAUAU